UCCAGCGUCCCGGAAGAAACAAAGAGGGGAGGGGAGGGGAGGGGAGGCAGAAGAGCGGGGGAAGAAGAGGAGAGGGAUCAGCCAUGGACAUCAUCUCGCAGCUGCAGGAGCAGCUCAACGAGAUUGCCAUGGUGUCCGUCAACACCUUCGGCACGCUGCAGCGUGACGCUCCGCCCGUCCGCCUCUCCAACAGCUACCCCGACCCGCUCAACCCCAACCCUAACCCCGACGGCCCCGCCUCACAGCCCCAGGCCCCACCCGCGCCCGGUGCGCCGCCGCCGGCUCCUCUGCCGCCGCAAGCGCAGCCCCAGCCGGCUCUCGACCUCGACGAGCAACCCAAGGCCAUGAGCCACGCUCUCGUCCUCGCCGCAAAGAAGUUUGAUGCUCUUGUUGCGGCAUUACCACUGUCAUCUGAAGAGGAUCAGUUGAAAAGGAUUCAAGAACUUCAGGCCUCUACAACACCUCAGGCCAAGGGAUCACCCUCAGAUCCAGGGGCUGUUCCACCCACCGCGCAUCAAGUAUGGAAGGAAUGCGCAGGCGGAUCAAUGGGAUGGUCUUUGGCUGCCGAAGAGACGGUGACAGAAGUGUUGGUGAUGAGCAGCGGCGGCGGGUGGUUCUUGGCUCAUUGAUGUGAGGAAGCUGGAUGGAUUCGGGGAUGGAUGGGAAAGCAACCUUGGGAGAAGAAGUGGAGGAGGAACGAGAGAUGGCUGCAUCUGUGUCGUGCUGUGACGGCGGCCAGGCCAUGGCGCUGCAACAGUGAGAAUGUGAGGCAGUAGCUAGAGAUAGGUGAAUGUGCCUAUAGUUUAGGGUUGAGUCGUGGGCUAGUUGGGCUGGUUUGGCCCAACAUGUACAAACAUCUCUUUUUUUAAUCCUCUUUACUAUUCAGAGAAGGGAUCUUCUAUGGCUAUAGACAAAAUGAUCUUUUAUUAUGGCUAUGCUACACACUUCCGUGUUGUGAAUUGGAAACAACAAAUUUGCGAACCGAA